GUUUACGUCUCGAAAUUGAUGGAUGCGUGUUUCUUCUAGGUGGUAAAGAUGGAGCGGUAUGUUGUCUUUGAAUAAAUUUUAGUCGUCUACGUUUAAGAACCAGUGCUGCCGCAAAGAACCUCGCUCUAUAUCGAGAGCCCUCCCGAGAGUCUCGGCUCGUAGCGGGCCAACGACGGUCUCACUUCCCGAUAGUUUUUUUCCAAUUUUUUUUUUUUUUUUUUUGUUGCUUUCAUCGUUUUUGCGCUGUCUCCAUUUUUCUUUUUUUUUAAAUUUUUUUUUAACAAAAUCGUAACAUUUGGAGAUAUAUAGAAUACAUAAAUAUAUAUAUAUAUAGAAUCGCGAAUGAAGAUCAGUGCAUUCAUCUUAUUCGUCAUAUAUAUAUAUAUUAAAAUUUAAUUAUUUAUAACAGACCGGACAUUCGGGUCACGUGUCAUUGUCCUCCUCCUUCUUCAACACCACCUCCUCAAAUUUCUUCAUUAUUAUAAAUCGACGAAGAAAUCAUGGGCAACGCCCAGAGGAAGUCACAUUAUUCAAAGCCAAUUUCUUCUUCGGGAAGUGGUACGAAGAAGGUACAUUGGGAAGGUCCAGGUUUACCAUUAUCGCCUGGAAAGCCAAUAUUGAUACCGGGCACUGAAGAAACACAACCAGAUGUUGUUAGUAUCAGAUGGGAACGAUCAUCAAGUAAUGGAGGAUCGGCUAUUAUUGGUUAUUUGGUUGAGCAUCGUAAAUUGGGAUCACCAAAUUGGAUUCGUUCAACUCCAAUUUUAUGUAAAUUUCCCGAAGUCACAUUAAGUGGCCUUGAACCCGGAUGGCGUUAUCAAUUUCGUAUUCGUGCACAAAAUGCCUUGGGAUUAUCAGAGCCAAGUGAAAUUUCUGAUCCUCUCACUGUCACUCUACAACGUGCUAUUGCUUCUUCACCUCAAUUUGAUCUUGAAUUAAUUGACAUAAUUUCACUUGAAAAUGAUCAGGCGGAAUUUGAAGUUCGAUAUUCUGGAAUGCCAUCGCCAAAAAUUGCCUGGUUCAAAGAUGGUUUUGAAAUAUUUAGCAGUCGACGAACAAGAAUUGUCACAGAAAAUGGAAAAAGUAUUCUUUUAAUUCAUCGAACUGCACUUGAUGAUGAAGGUGAAAUUAAAUGCACUGCUACAAAUCGAGCUGGACAUGUGAGCACAAAAGCAAGAUUAAUUCUUGAAGCACCACCAAGAAUACGACUUCCACGUCAAUAUGAGGAUGGAUUACUUUUUGAACAAGACGAAACAAUUCGAUUGAAGAUAACAUUGGCUGGUCGACCAUCACCUGAAGUCACAUGGUAUCAUGAUGGUGAUAUGCUUAAUAAAGAUGAGAGACAUAUAUUCGAAUUAAUGGACGGUGAAAGUAUACUAAAGAUACCUGAUGCAAAAAGAAAAGAUCGCGGUGAAUAUAGUGUGAAGGUGAUGAAUAAAUUAGGUGAAGACAUCGCUUCAUUUUUAGUCACCGUAACAGAUCGACCUUCUUCACCUGGCAAGGCUACUGUUGCUAUGACCUUGGGUAGGUCCGUCACACUCAAGUGGAAUGAGCCUGAAGACGAUGGAGGUUGCAAAAUUGGUACAUAUAUCGUUGAAUAUUAUCGAGUUGGAUGGGAUAUGUGGCUUAAAGCAGCGACAUGUCGACAGACAACAACAACACUCAGUGAAUUAAUCGAGGGUUCUGAAUAUCGUUUUCGUAUUAAAGCUGAAAAUCCCUAUGGUGUCAGUGAUCCCAGUGAGGAGAGUGACAUUGUCUUCAUUCCAGAUCUAAAAAGAGGAAUUACAGGACCAUUGAGUAAUAAAUCGCAGAGUCAUCGUGAAAUUCAUAGAGGACGAAGUGAAAGACGUGAAGUGAGUUUUGUUGAACCAUCACAAAGAACAAGAAGCUUGACACGAGAAGAAAAUUAUUCUAGAGAAAAUCCUGUUGAACGUUCCAUAUCAUCACAACGUCUCAGUUCAGGAAGAUCAUCGAGAUCCGAUAGUCGAGUGACGUUCGCUUUGGACAUUGUUGAUCAGGAGGAGAUGCCAAAGAAAAAGGAUCAGAUUUCAGAUGCACUCAGAACGGAAUCAGAAGUGAAACAACCAACGACUAUUGUCGUUACUCCGUUUGAUGAUUCAGGUGGAGAAUCUCCAAUUCCACAACCAAGAUCACGUUCUCGGAAUCCAGCUCCUCCUAAACCACCAAGAGCUCAUGAUCCAAAAAAUAAAACGGCAUCACCUGAUCGUACUCAUCUUAGUCCUCCAGUUUCCACAUUGAGAAAGGAACAAAAUUUCACCGAUUUAUCAGUACAAGAAGAUUCUUCAUUUCUUGAUGUGAAACGAAAACAAUUUGCAAGAACCGAACCAGCUUCAUUUGCAGAUGAUGAAAAUCUUCACGGUAGUUCGGAAUUUGUUCUUGUUCUCUAUCCGGAAGAAACUGAAAUACAUGAUCCCAUCAAAGAUCCUUCAGAUCACAAUGAAGAGGAUGAUCUUGUACCACCGCCAAAAUCUCUAUCGCUUCCAGAAUUAUUUAGAAUUGAUCAUGAAUUCGUCGAGACAAUGCGCGAGGCUGUCAGUUCAACGGAACUUCUUCAUGAACGUGCCAUGGAACGUUUCUAUCGUGCAAUUGCCGUUGAAGAAGCUGUUGAUGAAGCUAAACGACAGAAUGCAACUGAUUCAACGAAUAAUGAUUAUCCACUUUUUGAGCAGAGAAUAUUAUUGAGAAAAAAACUUCAUCUAACCGGUGCUCAUUCAUCAUUAUGGCAAGCUAAACGUGAUCGUAGACGAUGCAGCGAUAGUCAAACGGAAAAAUUACGUGUACCCCCUAGAAUUGUACCUGAUGUUCUAGAAGACGCUGCUUCCGAUCCCAAUUUGUGUUCAAUAGAAACAAAAAUCGAGUGGAAUUCUCAAGAUUUGGAAAUAAAGGCUAAUUCUGGAAAAGUAAGAACACAAUAUUCUACACAAAUUGAUUAUUCCGAAGAAUACACGGAGCAAAUCAAAGUGGAAGAAGUGGAUGAAAAUUUUGAUGAACAACAACUUUCCGAGCCAUUACGCAGAUGGCAUGAUUUCCCAUUAGAAAAUACAUUCACUCCAAUUGAAAUGAUUGAAAAUAAAGAAAAAAUUGAUGAUCAAAUUUACAAGACAGAAGAAAUAGAAACACAAAGUGUCGAGACAUCGAUCGAAUCAUCCGAAGAGGAAAGUAGCGAUGAGGAUUUACGACAAUUUAGAGCAAGAAUUCUAGCAAUUCCAGUUGAAAAUGAAGAGGACACUUAUCAUCCGCGAGGAAAUCCAGUUCGUCACGUUAGUCCAGAAAAAUCGAUAAUAAUUCCUCCUCCAGUCCCCCCGCAUCGAGUUCAAGUAAUUGAUCCAUCAUCAUCGGAAAAAAAUUAUUCAAUUCCAUCACCGCCAAUGUCACCAACAAAUAUUAUUCCAAAAUCAAUUCUCAAAAAACGAGUGGAACCCGAUAUUGUUCCAAUUACAGAACCAAUUGAAAUUUUAAAAUCUUCCAAUCAACAAGAAAUGGCAUUAUCCGAUAUUGAUAAUGAAAAUGUCCUCUCAGCUGCAGAAGUAGCGAGAAAUCGUCGUAGACAACUGAAGCAAUUAUCAAAAAAUUCAAUCACAUCAUCAGACAAUGAAGAGGAACGUGAGGGAGAAAGAAUGGCCCUCGUUAGUCAUUAUACGGAAAUUGUUAAUCAAUUUUCAAUGAAUCAUAAACCAUUUCCUCAAAGACGAGUGCCAAUUCGAAAUGAAAAUAUUAAUGAUCUUCAAACAAUUGAACGUACUCUAUCACCACCACGUGCGAAAUUCGAUUAUUCCUCUGAUGAAAAAUCAAGUGAUAAUUCGCAAAUUUAUCAUGAUAAAAAUAUUAUUCAUCAAAUAUGGGAAAAAGAAAUUAAUGAUUCAUUAAAAACAGAAACAAAAAGACGUGGUCGAUCACGUAUCGAUGAAUCAAUGUCAAGAUCAAGAAAUGUUUCCACAGAAAGAGGUGAAUCAUCGAGAUCAUCGUCAAAAACAAGAGCAAGAGGUUCGCGAUCAUCGUCAAAAACAAGAAAUAAUGAAAUUAAUACAAAAUCAAUAAGACAAAAAAAUAAUAAUAGUCGUUCAAAUUCACGUGAUCGUUCACGUUGUCAAACACCAACUGAAGCAAAAAUGGAACGUUUACAACAACGAACACAAAAUGCCAAUGAAAAAAAACAAAGAUCAAGACGAAUAUCAACACACGAGAGAUAUGAAAAUAUUGAUCAAUAUUCAAAAUAUUUAUUAGAAAUUCAAGCUGAACGAAAUGUUAGAUCAAGUUUCAGUUAUGUGACUGAUGUAAUUUUAUUGUUGGCCGCUGUAUAUGUUUAUUUAUUUAAGGAAGCAAUUUUUGCAAUUCCUAUUAUUGGACUUAUUCUAUAUCGUCGAAUUCAACAAGGUGUUCGCGAUUUAAUUCCUAAAUGGUUGCGUGGUCCCAAACGUUAAAAACGAAAAGUUUCCAAAAAAAAAAAAAAUACUUUUAUGACUGAUGAUUAUUAUUGAAUAAUUGAGUCUUCUUCAUUGUGAGUAGUAAACAAAAAAAAAAUUAAAAUUCAUUUCAAAAUUUUUGAUUUAUACAAACAAUUUAUUUUGAUUCAAAUAAUCGAUUACUUGACUAUUAUCAAAUAAUUAUAUAUACUUAAACCAAAUAAUUUUAGAACCAACCAAUUUUUGUUUCAAUUAAAUAAACUGUAUUUGAAAUAAUUUAUGAAUUUGAAAAAAAUUUCAUUUAAUUGACUUAAAUAAUAAUUAUUUGAUAUAAAUAAAUAUUUAUUUCAUAACAGUCAUGUAAUACGAUUAUUUGAAUCAAAUAAUUUUUUUUUUAAAUAAUAAUAAAGUAUUUAAUACUUUUUUUGUUUUAACUAAGAAAAUGUGUGGGACAUUUAUAGAAUCCCAUUGGGAGUUAAAUUUUUACUCUCCUUUUUACAGUGUAUAAUUUAAUAUUUUACGGGAUUAAAUGACAUGAAGAUUCAGAGAUAUUAUAUAUCUCUAAAUUGUAAAUAUUGUAUACUUGUCCUUGUUUUGUAAUCACUGAUCAAGUUUCCCUUGUGAUACGUAAGAUUGCAAUAAUUUUUUUUUUUUAUUGGUAUUGAAAAGAAAAUCGUACAGAGUAAAAAAAAAUCUUAAUUAUUAAGAAGCAUAUGAAAUUAAGAUUAUUUUACUAUUUUUUUGAGAAUUUCAACAAUUUUUCUGACUAUUUACUGACUUAUACUACUGAUACAAAAAUUAUAAAAAAUUUUAAUUUAAUUUUAUUAAAUUUAAUUAAAUUAAAUUUUGUUAAAUCAAAUUUAGUUAAAUUUAAUUCCAAUUGAGUAAAUUUUGUCUGACUGACACGCUGGCUUUUUACUGCUAUAACAAAAAUUUCAAUAAUCCGGAAAUUUGUCUCACUAAUACUGUCUUAUACUAAAUAAAAAAUUACAAGAAUUCGGUAUUAUUCUGUCUAACUAAAACUGUCCCUUACUACUGAACGUUCACUUAAUAAAUUUACAACGUUAUGUCUAAAUGUUGCUGACUUUUACUACUAAAAUAAUAUUCAAAAAAUUUAAAUCUUUUUUUAACAGACAAAAUUUUAGGAAUUAUUUUAUUAUAAUAUUUUUAUAUAAUAUAUUUAUAUAAUAUAUUUAUAUAUUAUAUUGUAUAUUUUAUUAUUAUUUUAUUUAGUUGAAUUCGGAAAUUUUCUUGUCUGACUAAAUCUGACCUAUACUACUAAAUUAAAAAUUAUAAUUUCUUUUUUAAAAUUUGCAAUUUUACGUGUCACUAGAGUUUGAUUUCUAUUGAAAAUCUGUUACUUGAAAAAAAAUCGUGUUUUUUACGAACAAAUGUGUCUGAUUAUUGGUUUUUAUUGUC